UAGAGAGUCUGAAAACGUUAAAUGGCGAAGGGUUGCCACCAGGCUGGAGUAUGCAGUUAGCACCAAAUGGCCGAAUGUUUUUCAUUGAUCACAACGAACGGGCAACAACAUGGGUUGAUCCAAGAACAGGUAGACCAAGUUCAAUACCAUGGCAUAAUAUAUCUUCAUCAACGCCAAGAAGUGAUAUUGAUCAGCUGGGACCAUUGCCCGAAGGCUGGGAAGAAAGAGUUCAUACGGAUGGUAGGAUUUUCUUCAUUGAUCACAACACCCGAACAACUCAAUGGGAAGAUCCACGAAUGUCAAAUCCACAAAUAGCAGGACCGGCAGUUCCAUACUCUAGAGAUUACAAACGUAAAUAUGAAUAUUUAAAGUCGCAGUUGCGGAAACCAAAUAAUGUUCCAAACAAAUUUGAAAUCAAAGUUGGACGCAACAAUAUUUUAGAAGAUUCUUAUCGUAUAAUAAGCUCUGUAAAUAGAGUUGAUAUUCUUAAGACAAAACUUUGGGUGGAAUUUGAAGGUGAAGUAGGCCUCGAUUAUGGUGGCCUUGCACGUGAAUGGUUUUUCCUGUUGUCUAAGGAAAUGUUUAACCCGUACUACGGUUUAUUCGAAUAUUCUGCCAUGGAUAAUUAUACCUUGCAAAUUAAUCCAUUUUCGGGCGUGUGCAAUGAAGAACAUUUGAACUAUUUUAAAUUUAUUGGGCGCAUAGCAGGCAUGGCUGUGUACCAUGGCAAACUUUUAGAUGCAUUCUUCAUUCGGCCAUUCUACAAAAUGAUGCUUGGGAAACCGAUUGACUUGAAAGAUAUGGAAAGUGUUGACUCAGAAUACUAUAAUUCAUUGCUGUGGAUCAAAGAGAAUGAUCCAAGUGAGCUUGAGCUUACUUUCUGUGUGGACGAGGAUUCAUUCGGACAUACGUCACAGCGUGAGCUGAAGACCAACGGUGCAAACAUUCCGGUUAUCAAUGAAAACAAAGAUGAGUACAUUAGUUUGGUAAUUCAGUGGCGAUUUAUGUCGCGUGUUCAAGAACAGAUGAACUCUUUUCUCGAAGGCUUCAAUGCUCUUGUACCACUAGCGCUUGUUAAAAUUUUUGACGAGAACGAGCUUGAACUGUUGAUGUGUGGCAUUCAGCACAUCGACGUCAAGGAUUGGAAGCAAAACACGCUCUAUAAGGGUGACUACCACGCAAAUCAUAUAACAGUCCAGUGGUUCUGGAGAGUCGUCUUAUCAUUCAACAAUGAGAUGCGUUCUCGACUUCUUCAGUUCGUCACAGGUACCUCGAGAGUUCCAAUGAAUGGCUUUAAAGAACUAUAUGGCAGUAACGGCCCACAGUUAUUUACCAUUGAAAAAUGGGGAAUCCCCGAAAAUUAUCCAAGGGCUCAUACUUGUUUUAAUCGGAUCGAUCUGCCACCUUAUGAAAGUUAUCAACAACUUAGGGAUAAAUUAAUAAAGGCAAUAGAGGGGUCACAAGGAUUCGCGGGGGUAGAUUAGCGGGAAAUUCCAUUUAUCAUUAUGAUACCUGUAAUAUAAUGUAUAUAUGUAAACGUAUAUGCAUAUUAGAUGUUAUAUUUUUCUCUAUAUGAUACCUUAAGUUUGAAAUGAACAUUUAUUCAGCUAUACCUGAUUCAUAUUUUAUCUUUAAAAAUACGAGGUAGAAAACAUUAAAUGUUUUAAAGCCCUCAACAAAAAUAGCAUAUAAUUAAAGUAAACUACUACCAGAAAAUUUAAUGAUCAUUAAAUUAGUUUUGUUUUUAUGAAAAAAUUAUAUUUAUUUGGUAUUUACAUGCAGAAACAUAGCCAAAAAUCGUUGCUCAUUUGCGUUUAGGAAUAUUAAAAUACCGAGAGAUUAUAUAUAAAACAUGUAUGCACAUUUGUAUACGUGGAAACAUAUAAGAGAUGCUACUCACUAACUACCGGAGCGUACAAAAAUCAGUUUAGAAAAAGUACAUCAGAAAAAAACUUUUAAAAUCUUAUGAGUGGAAUAAGAUUUUUCUUGUGAUAUGACAUUUUGUAUUGAAAAAAAAAGCGCUUAAUACAUUAUUGUCUACAUCGAAAUUUGUAAAUAUAUUUGUAAUGCGCUGAAAAAUCUGCUGUUUAACUACGAUAUUUCAUCUAUUAUUUAGUUUUUAUUUUGUAGUAUAUAACAGUAUGUAUAAAAAAUAGUAAUUUCCACUACUUAUUUCAUAUCGCAAGCUAUUUUUAAUAUGAACAAGUAUACUCUUUUAUGUUUCUUGUAAAUACUAAAAUUUAUUUUCUUUGAAAAAUUUAGUAAGGGUUAAUAAUGCAAGAUAUUUGAUAACAUAAUUAAUAUAUUUAUUUUUACAUUAAAAUGGUUGCAACUGUUUCGGUAUGACAUACUUUCCUCUGGCGAGUUUUACGAGUUUUACUAUCCGUGUGAUAUUUGUCUGAGGAAAGUACAGUGUAUCGAAAUAGCUGUAACCAUUUUCUAGUGGAACAAGUCUAUACGCAAAUUAAAUAAGGCUAAGUAGUAUAGUUUUGUUUAUGAUGUACGUUAAAGAAAUUACAUUUUCUCACCAUCUAAUGGCACAAAAUUCUACAAUUUGUAAGCUGGUGACAACACAUUUCAAUGUAGAGCAAGGUAAAGCAGGUAACAAGAGUUUAGUAUGCAAACAAGCAGCAGAAGUAUCCAUCACAUUAUUUAUAAAUUACCGAACUAGCAUAUUACGUAUCAAGGGACUCAAGCAAGCCAGUUUGUGGCUGUUGUAAUGUGCGUCUAAGCGUAGCGAGGAUUCUACAAGCAACAGACACUCGCUGGCUUGCUAUAGUUAUAUACUGGUAUGUAUUCACUUUUACAUCAUACUCAGUGAAAAGUUCGUCACAUAAAACGUGUACUACUUAUAUGCAUCUUAUAAACAUACAAGUUGUAGGGCGCGUUCGAAAAUUGCUGUUCAUUACUUGGAAUUUCCAAAAAUGUUCAGAAAAUUUAAUGGAUUAUGGAAAUAAAAGCGUACUUAUUCCGUAAUUAGUGAAAGUUUCUUUGUAAUUUUGGUGACAAACUGUAGUUUUUGAGAGCGACCAUGAUAUUUUUUUGUUUGUGACGCAAAUUUUGCAUUUUCUUGAAAAGUUCGAACGCAUACGUGUUUAUAGUGCACAUAUAAAAACAAGCCACGUAGCUACGUGUGUGAUGAUUGAUAUUUACGAAGCCAUUGAGAAAGAAAGCGAGAAAAAGAGACCAUUGUUCAUUAUGUUGUAACGUUUGUGCGUAUGUGCGCGCGCGCACGCGUGUGUGUGUGUGUGAGAUAAACUAAUGUUGAAAUACAUUUAUUAUCAGAACAUUUGUAAAUGAAGAAAAUCUUAUAACUUAAACUGUUUUUCUUUGUUAGAAAAGACAUAUUUUUUUGUAUAGAGUACACCGAAAACAGGACAUUGACUUUUUUUAUCUUGCUGAUAUUUUCUGAAUCGUUUGCUUACUAGAGUGUGUAUACUGGGAUGUAACAUGAGCCACUGGAGGGGGUAAUA